AACGCAAUGUGGACGGAAACGGAACGGCAACGGAAAGCGGAAUGUUUGCGGUUUGUACUAAAAUAAAUCCGCUACUCUUGCCGUGAUUUUAAAACGCAAUGAACAUCAGCGGAUUAUGCGCGGUUAAUGUUUGACGUUUAUUUGUUGUCAAGUUAUUUAGCAUAGGCAUUUGGUAUUUUCAUAUCAUAAGUAUGGCAUCGAAUAUUCUGCGUGCAGUUGAAGCAAUCCGAACCAUCCAACAACUGCGAACCAUUCGAGAUAUACAGAAUGGGAACAUCAAGAAAGAUCGACGAUGGUGGAUUCGCCCAUCUAAUCUAAACAGGGCAACGGAAGGAUUUUUUGAGACCGCCUACCAGCUGAUGAGAGAACGCGAUCCGGAAUAUUUUUUCCGCUGUACGAGGAUGUCUUCGUACACUUUUGAUUUGCUGCUCUCUAAAAUCAAGCAUCGACUAGAAAAGUUUUCAAUAAGAACUCCUAUUUCUCCUGAGUGUCGACUGUUCGUGACCUUGGUAUACUUGUCAGGGGGAUCAAGUAUAUUUUAUGUCUCUAGACUAUUCCGCCUUGGUGUUACAACCGUCAGAGAGAUAACCCAGGAAGUCACGCAAGUACUGUGGGAAGAAUUGAAGCAUGAUUAUCUGCCGGAAGUGGACGGACAACAGUGGCAGAGAUACAGUGCAGAGUUUGAGUCCCGCUGGAACCUGCCACAUUGCUGUGCUGCUGUUGAUGGCAAACAUGUUACGAUAACAUGUCCACCGAACUCAGGGUCGAUGUAUUAUAAUUAUAAAAAGCAGUACUCCAUAGUACUGAUGGCUAUGUGUGACGCAAACUAUAAUUUCGUUGGCGUUGACAUAGGUGCCUACGGAGGAAAUGCUGACGGAAGCGUAUUCGCUCAAAGUGCUUUCGGAUACCGCCUCCUGCACGGAGAGCUAGAACUACCACAACCAUCUGCGCUACCUAAUGGAGACGUUCUUCCUUACUUCAUCGUUGGAGAUGCUGCAUUCCCACUUAAAUCAAAUUUGAUGCGACCAUAUCCCGGAAGGAACCUGGAAAUCCUUCAAGAAAAUUUUAACUACAGGCUUUCUAGAGCACGCAGGACUAUUGAGAAUGCUUUUGGUGUGUUGGUGGCCCGCUGGCGUAUUCUCCUCUCACCACUGCAAUUGCAACCUGAUGCAGCUGAAAACAUUGUGAAGGCCUCGGUCGUUUUGCACAAUUUUGUCAAAAGACAUAAUGCGAAUCAAUACGCACCACCCAGCUUCGUCGAUCAUAUUGGUCAGGAAGGUGAAAUUAUCGUACCCGGUGAGUGGAGGUCGCAAGUUGAUCCUCUUGUCGGAAUCGAUAGUGAUUUUGUACAGCGAGGGAACAAUGCAGCUAGGAAUGCGUACCAAGCAAGAGACGUUUUGGCAAAAUACUUGCUAGAAACGCGAUUCCGCUAGCAUAAGUAUCACAGAAUGAAGUUUUAUUAAUUCCUAAAUAAGCAAUAUAAACGCUAAUUAUUGA